CUCUGUUUUGUUUCAAAAUUCAUCAUUAUGUAAGGCAUAAAUUUAGUGUAUGUAGGACUAGAUGUGACAAUUUUAUAUAAUAAUGUUGGAGGUUUUCAAGAAUCAUACGAAAGUUUACAUUCUUUAUUUUGAUUUACUUCUGAACUAUUGUUUUUGUCAAAUCAAGAAAAUUAUGAUAACUUAUCAAAAAUAGGAAGUAAAUAAUGGUAACAUUUGUAAUAUAUCAUCUUGGUGUUGCCAUGUUGGCCUUAUUACAGCGUGGAGAAUAAUUUAGAUCCAAUACAAAUCAACAUCUAAACACAAGUCAAGAAGGCAAUCAUCGAUGAUUAUGAUUCCUAUCUCCAACAAAACUCUGCUCGAAAAUAUAAAAAUUCGCAAUCCAACAAUGGAUGAGACUGGGGAUCAAAUAAAUAUCCAGGUUCUUACGACACUGAUGACAGAAGCAAAACGUUGAAAUGGCAAAACUCCAAAUCCAACUGUCGUCGGGAUGUUAAUCCUAACAAGGACUCGAAUGAAAAACAGCAGGGGGCUGGUAUGCUAAAAACACAAACGCUAGGCAUAAGCCAAAAUUGGACGAAGAAAACAAGAAAGUUUUCUAGUUCUUUGUGAUCCAUACGAUCUAGUACGGAUUCUUCAAAGAAUGGAAUUGGAUAGCUUAGGAUUUUGCUCCACUUCUACGCUGAUUGUUUCCAUUUAACUCCUCUUCGGCUUCCUAAAGCCAAAAAAUUGGGAGACCCCCAAAAGAAGGGGAAAAAAAACGAACCGGAAGUCUCUCAACUCCCUUUCUGCAUGGUGUUCUAAAUUUUCUCUCUAUAAAGCUUGCUACACUAACCAGGAGAGAUGGCCAAUGGUGGUGGUUACCGGACAAAGUUUAAUGGUGGGCUUGAGUUCUUUGACCUUACUUAUACUGUGUUAAAAGACAAGGAACAUGAAGGGAAACUGGUGAAGCAAGAAGUAGAUUUGUUGCACAGGAUUUCGGGGUAUGCACCAAAAGGAAGUAUCACUGCAGUAUUAGGUCCCAGUGGGGCUGGAAAAUCUACCUUUCUGGAUGGUCUAGCAGGAAGAAUUGCAAGUGGAAGCCUGAAGGGCAGAGUUUCUUUGGAUGGCAUGGAAAUGAGCCCAGGCUUGAUUAAAAGAACUUCUGCAUAUAUCAUGCAAGAUGACAGGCUCUUCCCAAAGCUAACUGUAUAUGAGACUCUGAUGUUUGCAGCAGACUUUCGGCUUGGUCCAAUUCCAAAGAACGAAAAAAAGCAACGAGUGGAAAACAUGAUUGAGCAACUUGGCUUAUCUUCAGCUCGAAACACCUAUAUUGGAGAUGAAGGAACAAGAGGGGUGUCUGGCGGCGAACGUAGAAGAGUAUCGAUUGGGGUGGACAUCAUCCAUGGGCCAUCAGUGCUCUUCCUUGAUGAGCCUACUUCAGGACUAGACUCAACCAGUGCGUAUAGUGUCAUUGAAAAGGUUCAUAACAUAGCGAGCACUGGCAGCACUGUGGUCCUUACAAUUCACCAGCCAUCAUCACGAAUCCUAUCAUUCUUAGACCAUCUCAUCAUCCUUGCUCGAGGACAGCUUAUGUUUCAAGGGCCAUCAAAGGAUGUUAAUCACCAUCUCACUGUAAUGGGACGAAAAGUGCCUCAAGGGGAAAGUCCAAUUGAAUAUCUAAUGGAUGUUAUUCGAGCAUAUGAUCAGUCUGAAUUUGGAGUGGAGGCACUAGCUGAGUUUGCUAGGACAGGAACGAAUCCACCCCACUUGACUGAUGAAGAGAUUUCACUAUCUACUAUACAAUCCUCGCCGGUUUCAUCCUCUCACUCUGGCAACUUUGUAACUGGAAAACGACUCCAUUUGCAAACUAAUACUCGCGCUUUAAAUGAUUUUAACCAUAGUUUGAGAAGCCCUUAUAACACAUCAAGAUCAUGGAGUGCGAGUAAUAGUGUGGUUAUGCAGGCAUCGAGGCUGCAACAUAGACAACAAGAUGGAACAAAAAAUCGUAAUCAAAUGAGUAAUUCUUCGGCCUCUUAUGCAUACUCAUUUGAUGUUCUUAAUGGCACACCAACACCUCAUAGCAGUGAUUACACAGUGAAUGAAAAUGACUACCUGACUUCAAAUAUCGGUUCAAAAUCUGUUCCCAUACAUAAUAACAUGGGAAAAAAGAUUUCGAACUCGUUCUUCUCUGAGACCUGGAUUCUUAUGCGUAGAAACUUCAAGAACAUCUCACGAACACCCGAGCUGUUCCUCUCAAGGUUGAUGGUCCUGACAGUGAUGGGAUUUAUGAUGGCUACAAUGUUCUUGAAACCUAAAGAGAAUACCCAAGGAAUUACAGACCGUCUCAGCUUCUUCAUCUUUACCGUCUGUCUCUUCUUUUUCUCUUCCAAUGAUGCUGUCCCAGCAUUCAUACAAGAACGUUUCAUUUUCAUCCGUGAAACUUCCCACAAUGCCUACAGAGCAUCAUCUUACACCAUAGCUGGUUUGAUUACUCACCUGCCUUUUCUUGGCCUGCAAGCUCUGGUUUAUGCUUUGAUAGUUUGGUUCGCUUUGAAACUUCGGGGAUCUUUCAUAUAUUUUCUGAUAGUCCUCUACAUGUCCCUGCUUUCAACAAACUCAUUCGUUGUAUUCAUUAGCUCAGUAGUACCAAACUAUAUCUUGGGUUAUGCAGCUGUGAUUGCUUUCACUGCCCUCUUUUUCUUGUUUUGUGGGUACUUCUUAAACAGCCACGACAUUCCUCCAUACUGGAAGUGGAUGAACAAGAUUUCCACGAUGACAUAUCCAUAUGAAGGGCUGCUGAUGAAUGAGUAUCAAACUUCCAUUCCAUUCGGGAAGCAAUCAAAUGGAACUGAUAUUUCUGGUAUCAACAUAUUGGAAAGUCUUCACAUCAGUACCGAUUCAGAUAAAAAGUGGGAAAAUGUGGCUGUGAUGUUUGCUUGGGCCGUGCUUUAUAGGAUACUAUUCUACCUAAUUCUUCGUUUUGCAUCCAAGAACCAGAGGAAGUGAAGAACCAAGGAUAUGCUCAUACAUUUGUUCUUAUAUUAGAUUGCUGAUUUAAUUCAGAGUGAAAUUUGCUUUCAUUUUCCUUCUUUUUUUCUUGUAUUGGAAAACCAAGUUCUACUUACGUCAGUGAAACUGCAGUAAAAAAUGACUUUCAAUUUCCUGGGAGAAA